AUGGGCCCGACGAUCGAGUUGCCCGGUGAGGCACACCCAUUGACACAUCGCAAUGUGGUGGAUGCCUUAGUGCUGGCUGCAAGCUCUACGCAGCAGCAGGUUCAAACAGGAACCAAGCAGCUGGAGAACUGGGAGCGACAUGCUCUGUACCAUGCCAUGCUUCAGGAUGUCUUUCUUGACCGUUCCCUCCCGACCGAAGUACGCUACCUGGCCAUUAUACGAUUGAAGCACGGCAUUGAUCGAUACUGGCGCAAGACCGCCACCAAUGCAAUUUCCAAGGAUGAGAAAGCGCAGAUCAAGACCAGAGCCCUGGAGGCUGGUGUAGAAGAGCCUGCUCGUCCGCUUGCCCUCCAGAAUGCCUUGAUGGUGGCCAAGAUCCUGCGCUAUGAGUUUCCUCAUGAUUGGCCCGAUGCGAUUACAUCCGUUAUCACCUUCCUUCGAUCCUCCAUUCAACCUGGCGCCAACCCGCUGCAGCUCCCUCGAACCCUCCUCAUCCUCCUACAAAUCAUCAAAGAGCUGUCAACUGCCCGAAUCCAGAGAACCCGUGUUCAAUUGCAAUCAGUCUCUCCCGAGAUAUUCCAGGUGCUAGGCAGCAUAUAUGUGGACAAAGUUGGCCAAUGGACUGGUAUUCUGGAGCACGGGGGCUCGGACGAAGCAGCGUUACUGGAGGUUAUCGAACAGAGCCUGGUGUCUCUGAAGGUCCUCCGCCGCCUGAUCAUUUCUGGAUUCGAACACCCAGGCCGUGAUCAAGACGUGCAGAAGAUUUGGGAGUUAACCAGUACGCAUUUCAGUCGGUUUCUCUCAUUCCUGGAUGGUUCUAUUCAAUUACCGCAGUCGGUCCACGCGGCAAUUGAGAAGCACAUUCUGCAACUAUCGAAGCUGCACGUUGAGAUGGCGAAAACCCACCCCGCAUCCUUCGCGUUGUUGGACAACAGCAUUACCUUGGUCAACUCAUACUGGUCAUUGGUCGUCAAGCUGAGCGAGAACUAUGUUAGUCUCGGCGCUGAUCUCGAGACGGAAGGAAAGUCUCUUUUCGAAAAAGCAGGCCUCCGAGCCUUGCUCCUUAUCAGAGCCUGCGCCAGAAUGGCAUUCAAUCCGGUCCAAACAUUUAAAUAUCAGACUCCCCAGGACAAGGAAGAGCGCAAGAAGGCUGUCGAGCGGAUCAAGACGCAGCUAUUUACCGAGGACUUUGUGGUCAAUGUUAUGGAGCUACUGGUCACACAAUUCUUCAGAUUCCGGAAUAUUGAUUUCCAGGAGUGGGAGGAAGAUCCCGAGUCGUGGGAAAAGAAAGAGGAACAAAGCACCGAGGCCUGGGAGUUCUCCAUCCGCUCAUGCUCUGAGAAGCUCUUCCUGGAUCUUGUCAUUCACUUCAAGGAUUUGCUUAUUCCCCGGCUGUUGCACGUGUUCUAUUCCUUUGCAACUACGGAGAACCGCAAUGUAGUUCUGAAGGACUCGUUGUACUCGGCCAUUGGUCUUGCAGCAGCUAGUCUCGAGCAUCACUUGGACUUCAACAGCUUCCUCGAGAAGACCAUGGUUCCGGAAGUCCAGAUUCACGACCCCGAGUACAGGUUGUUGCGGCGACGAAUUGCCGUCGUUCUUGGCCAAUGGGUGCCAGUCAAGCCUGGUGAACUGAACCGAGAUGCCGUGUACCAAGUAUUCCAGCACUUGCUAAACAAAGACGACCCACUGAACGACCUGGUCGUUCGUAUUACUGCAGGUCGCCAACUUCGCAACGUGCUUGACCCUUGGGAAUUCACGGCUGAGGGGUUCAUGCCCUAUGCACAGUCAAUCCUUGGAAGCCUCAUGGCUCUUGUACAGGAGGUCGACGCAGCGGAAACAAAGAUGGGAUUGCUGGAGACGGUGCGAGUAGCCGUGGUCAAGAUGGAGAACCAUAUCGGCGCCUUCUCGGACCAGAUUCUCUCGCUACUCCCACCAUUGUGGGAGGAGUCUGGAGACGAGCAUCUCAUGAAGCAGGCAAUUCUCACCCUGCUGUCGUCGUUGAUUCAUUCGUUGAAACAAGAAUCUGCACGGUACCAUGCGCUCAUCCUUCCCCUGAUCCAGAGCUCCGUCCAUCCCGAAUCCGAUACGAUCGUCUACCUUUUGGACGAGGCUUUGGAACUUUGGACCGCUAUCAUCAUGCAAACCCCCAGCCCUGCCUCCCCUGAAAUUCUCUCCCUCCUCCCUGCCGUCCUUCCCAUUCUCGAACAAGGAACCGAUGCUGCACCUCAAGGUCUCCAAAUCAUCGAGUCGUACAUUCUGCUUGCACCCCAGGCAGUACUUAGCGACGAGUUCCGACUUCCACUUCUUACCACCUUACAGACCCUUCUUCAGUUCACGACAAAACAGCGUACCGGCGUUGUACCUCGACUAGUCGAUAUGAUGAUUCGCGGUGCCGAAGCUGUCGAUGGUGGAAGCGAGGCUAGUUACAGUGCCAUCUCCCAGUCCCUGCUUGACAGCUCAUUCCUCCACUCUCUGCUCGAGGGCCUUUAUACCGCCCACGAAGCGAGUCAAACUACGGGCCCUAACCGGAAGACUUCAUACGUUGUCGGUGUCGUUGAAACGGACUAUUACUCCGUUCUUGCACGACUUGCGCUUGCAAACCCCACUAUCUUUGCCUCGGCCGUCGCUGCUGCGACAAACUCCACCCAGGAGCAGACCCUCACCUGGUUAAUCACCGAAUGGUUCUCUCACUACGAUAAUAUCGGCAGCGUAAACCAGAAGAAACUGCAUGCACUCGCCCUUACACAACUCCUCGCCAUUCAGGCCCCCCCAUCCGACCCAUCUCACCCCGCACCCCCUCCCGCUUACAUUCUCAGUCACUUGCAGUCUUACCUCACCAUCUGGACGGAUAUCAUUAUUGAGCUCGCGGAAGGUGGCUCCGACCAGAAUGCUGAUUUCCUGGUCUGCUGGAACGCCCCCGCCGGCUCCUCAACUGCCCAGCCCGAAGUAGAUGAGAACGAGGACCCCGAGACUCGCCGCCGUCGCGAGUGGGAUAACGCAGAUGCGAUCCACCGCUUCCCGAUCCGCGAUUUCGUUCGGCACCGUCUACAUGAGCUGAUCGUGGCUUGUGGUGGUGCACAGCGGUUCCAAGAAAAGUGGCUGGUGAAUGUCGACAGUGAAGUGGUGUCGGCGUUCGGUGCUCUGGGUCUGAUCUAA